AUGGCUUCCAAUGCCACUGUAUGUCCAGCUCCCAUGGCGGCUACAUCUAAUGGAGUCUUCCAAGGGAACAAUCCUCUACACUAUGCACUACCUCUCGCUAUUCUACAGAUUUGCCUUGUCGUCACAGUCACACGGACUCUUGCUUAUUUCCUCAGACCACUCAGGCAACCUCGUGUCAUUGCUGAGAUCAUUGGAGGAGUUUUGCUUGGGCCAUCAGCAUUGGGUCGUAACAAGAGCUAUUUGCAUUCAGUUUUCCCCUCAAGGAGCCUCACAGUCUUAGACACUCUGGCCAACCUUGGACUCCUCUUCUUUCUCUUCCUAGUAGGUGUAGAAUUAGAUCCAAAGUCUCUCCGUAGGACAGGAAAGAAGGCUCUUGCCAUCGCCAUCGUUGGAAUUAGCUUCCCCUUUGCAUUAGGUAUAGGUUCAUCCUUUGUCUUCCGACAAAGUAUAUCCAAGGGCGUGCAUGGACCUCCCUUCAUUGUCUUCAUGGGUGUAGCCCUCUCUAUAACUGCCUUCCCUGUCUUGGCCCGCAUCCUUGCCGAGCUUAAGCUUCUCACAACUGAUGUGGGCCGGUUGGCCAUGUCCGCCGCAGCAAUUAAUGAUGUGGUUGCUUGGAUCUUCUUAGCCCUUGCUAUUGCUCUCUCCACCAGUGGUCAUUCCCCUCUAGUCUCUGUGUGGGUUCUUCUCUCUGGCUGUUGUUUCGUUAUCUGCGCCGUUCUUGUGCUUCCUCCAGUAUUUAAAUGGAUGGCCAGGCGUUGCCAAGAAGGUGAACCUGUAGAUGAGUUAUACAUAUGUGCAACCUUAGCUCUUGUAUUGGCAGCUGGGUUUGCCACGGAUGCUAUAGGGAUCCAUGCCCUCUUUGGGGCUUUUGUGGUUGGGAUUCUAGUCCCCAAGGAGGGACCCUUUGCAAGUGCUCUUGUGGAGAAAGUUGAAGAUCUUGUGUCUGGUCUCCUCCUCCCUCUGUAUUUUGUCUCAAGUGGAUUGAAAACAAAUGUGGCCACGAUUCGAGGGGCCCAAUCCUGGGGUCUUCUAGUCUUGGUCAUUGUCACUGCUUGUUUUGGGAAGAUUGUUGGCACUAUUGUCGUCUCCCUCCUCUGUAAGGUACCUACCCGUGAGGCUCUUGCACUAGGCUUCCUGAUGAACAGUAAAGGGUUGGUGGAGCUCAUCGUCCUCAACAUCGGUAGGGAUAAAAAGGUGUUAAAUGAGCAGACCUUUUCAAUCAUGGUUUUGAUGGCUCUCUUCACAACCUUUAUCACCACACCUCUUGUUGUUGCUGUGUAUAAGCCUGCAAGAAGGGCCAACAUGGAUGAUUACAAGCACAGAACGGUAGAGAGGAAGAACCCAAGAACUGAAUUUCGGGUUAUGGCUUGUUUUCAUAGUAGUAUUAACAUACCAUCUUUGAUAAAUCUCAUUGAAGUCUCCCGUGGGACUGAUCGGCCGCAAGGGCUAUGCGUCUAUUCUAUGCACCUCAUGGAGCUCUCAGAGAGACCCUCUGCAAUUCGCAUGGUGAACAAGGCAAGGAAGAAUGGGUUACCCUUCUGGAAUAAGGGGCAACGACAGAUUAAUUCAGAUCGCGUUGUGGUCGCCUUUGAGGCAUUUCAACAACUAAGUGGUGUCUCAAUGAAACCCAUGACAGCUAUCUCUGCAAUGGCUAAUAUCCAUGAAGACAUCUGCACUAGUGCUGAAAACAAGAGGGUGGCUAUGAUCAUACUCCCUUUCCACAAGCAUCAAAGAGUGGAUGGUUCAAUGGAAACGACAAGAAAUGAUUUCAGGUGGGUCAAUCAAAGAGUCCUCGAACACGCGAGAUGCUCGGUGGGUAUACUCGUUGAUCGUGGCUUUGGUGGAACAACCCAUGUCCCUGCUAGCGAAGUUUCUUCAUCCAUUACUGUGUUGUUCUUCGGAGGGUGUGAUGACCGUGAGGCACUUGCAUAUGGAGCUCGCAUGGCUGAGCACCCAGGUAUCAAUCUCACAGUUCUUCGCUUCUUGAUGGAACCUCAGCAAUCUCAAGCAAUCGAUACGAUUGAUGAUGAGUACUUGGCUGAAUUCCAACAAAAGACCAAAAAUGAAAGCUCAAUGAAGUAUGAAGUAAGAAUGGUUGGAAAUUCAGUAGAAACCAUUGCCAUGAUUAGGGAAUUGAGUCGUUCUGAUCUGUUUCUGGUGGGGAGAAAGCCGAAGGGAGAGGUUGCAGCUACUUUGGAUGUUACGAGUGACAUACCUGAAUUAGGACCAGUAGGAAGUCUAUUGGCAUCAUCAGAUUUCUCAACUACAGCAUCAGUAUUGAUUGUACAACAGUAUAAGAGCUUGGCAUCAUCAGAUUCACCAGUAAUCUCCAUUUAGGGAGGAUCACCUGCAAGUUAUCUUUAAUCAACCAUAGUUAUCGACUAUGAUGUUCUUGGCUUGAUGAAUACUAGCCAAGUAAUCUUCGAUUAAAUGCCAAGCCUGUUCUUUCCUAUUUACAUUUAAUAUAUUAAAAAAAUCA